GCAGUAACUAAUGCCACUAAACCAUGGAACUCAUUGUUUAAGGAUAACCGGGAUCCAACACAUGGUAUUAAAUUGAAAUAUGUCCCACCUAAGGGGGAAAUUUUGGACUUUGGUGGCCGGGAAUUACCCUCUAUGAUAGAAAUGUGGGGCUAUUGUCUUGUGGGACACUUCACCGGAAGAUUUCCCGGACUCAAAGCGGUUCACGAUUUGAAGGCAACAUGGGGAGUGAAAUGCCUUGUGAGAUCCCACGAUAAGGAGUGGGUCAUCUUCAAAUUCCAAAAUGAAGUGGAUAGAACUAAGGUACUACAUGAGGGUCCUUACAUGGUUUUUGGGAAACUUCUAAUGCUCAAAGAGCUCUCCGAUGAUUUCUCUUUUGAAGAUGCGGAAUUUCUUAAGGUACCUAUUUGGAUCAAGUUUCCUAAGCUACCAAUGAAGCUAUGGAAUGAUGAGGCUAUGAGUGAGGUGGCAUCUAUGGUUGGGAUCCCUAUUACCACGGACAAGAUCACCCAAGAAAGGACUAAUAAUGACUAUGCUAGAGUGCUCAUUGAGGUUGAUGUUUCAAAGCCGCCACCACUAUCUUUUCCCAUUCGACUACCUUCCCGAAAGGUAUUCAAACAAAAUGUGGUUUAUGAGACUUUCCCUAAUUUUUGCUUUCAUUGCAAACAAUAUGGGCACAACCCAUUUAUUUGUAAAAUUCUAGCAAAAAGAGGUGAUGGGGAAAUAAACAAGGACAAAUUAGUUGAUGAAAGCCAUAGCAUAGUGGGAAACAUAGGGAAAGAUAAGGGAGCUGCAAACUGUUUGAGGGCUGCCUCGCCAAUUUUGACUGUCCAGGGGGGUAACCCAACCGGGUCUCGCAAGCAGGAAACUGCCCAGGGGGCUGGAAAGGUUGCGGAAGUUGCUGCCACUGAUGCUCUACCUGUCCAGGAGCCUGCCGAUGGUGUGACAACUGUGAAGAAUAUGCAGGAAACUGCCCAGGGGGCUGGAAACGCUGCAGAACUUGCUGCCACGGAUAUACAAUCUAACCAGGCUGGUGGGCAGUUUGUUAACCAGGGGGCAUCUGCCGUGAUUAAAUUAGCUGACCAGGGACCUUCUUUGGAUGUUGGCGAGAGGAUCGUCAUGGAAAAAAAGGAUGUGAAGCUAGAUGAUGUUGUUAUAAAAUGUGAGGUGAUAAACGGCAAAACACUCAAGUUGGUUGUCAAACCGUUUAAAUCCGUGCAUGCUAAUGUGAUUCGAGUGGACAAUUUCCUUCGACUAACGGAUGAUUUGAAUAGAAAGGGUCUCACUUUUACUGUUGAAUGUCUUGAGGGCUUGCCGGGUGUUACAAAGAAGAAAGGGGAGGUUCGCUUUGAUUCAAAGUUCACUAAACCUUUCCGAUUUUUCCUGAGUUGUCAAAAUAGGGAAACCUAAUAUUUUGUUGAUGUUGCUUUCUUUAAGCUUAUUAUUGCUCCUAGUUUUCUAGGAUUAAUAUGCUGAUGUGGGAGGACUUUUGUUUUUGAAUUUGUGGUAUCCCACACACGGGGAUAUGCACUUUGGUUGUAACAUUUCUUUUGGUGUUAAUAUAUAUUUUACAUUUCACCAAAAAAAAAA